UUUCGACGACUUUUGUCCAAUCCGGGGCGGCCACUGGUUGUGUGGGGCGCAGACCGACGAAAGAUCGGACGCGACCAUGGACGCCCAACGCGCGCUCCUCGACGAGCUCAUGGGCCGGAACCGCGAUGGCGACAAGCCGCAGGAAGACAUCCGCGACUUCCGCGACCAGCGCGUCUGCAAGCGCUUCCUCUGCGGCCUCUGCCCGCAUGACCUCUUCCAGAACACCAAGAUGGACAUGGGCGAGUGCCCCAAGCUCCACCUGCCCAAACUCAAGCUCGCGUACGAAGAAGACCGCGCCAAGAACCAGCGUGACUACGGCUACGAGGCUGACCUCGAGCGAGAGCUCGUGCGCUACGUCUCGGACGUCGAGAAGAAGAUCUCGCGCGCGUUGAAGCGCCUCGACGAGCAAGACGGCGCCCGCGUCUCGUCCAUGCUCGACAUUGAGAACAACAAGGAGGUGCUUGAGAUCACGGCCGAAAUCGCAGAGCUCAUGCAGAAGGCGGAAGACGCUGGCAACGAAGGCGAAGUCGACUUGUCCAUGGAGCUCAUGGCCAAGGUCGAAGCGCUCAAGGUCAAGAAGGCUGCGCUUCAAGGUGUGCCGAGCGCCGUCCUCGCGUCGACCGCGGGCGCGGAUGCGUUGAUGCCAGAAGUCGAUGUGGCACAGGCGACCCUCAUGGCCGUGCUGCCAGGUAACCCGCUGGCGAUGACGAACGUCAACCAGAAGCUCCGUGUAUGUGAUAUGUGCGGGGCCUUCCUCAGCAUCUUUGACAGCGACCGGCGCUUGGCCGACCACUUUGGCGGCAAGAUGCAUCUCGGCUACAUGCAAAUUCGAAAGAAGAUUGUCGAGAUGCGCGAAGCCCGUGGCAACAAAGCCCUCGACGAACCCAAGCCCGCCGUGGAUGAGACGCCGCGCUCGAAGCCGCGCGAAAGUGACCGACGCCGGUCUCGGUCGCAGUCGCGCGACCGACGAUCGUCCCGUCGCGAGCGCAGCCGAAGCCGGGACCGGCGCCGUCGCAGCCGCAGCCGUAGUCGUAGCCGGGAUCGCCGUCGGCGCUAA